GCCCAAGGAGCCUGUCCUGAUGUGCCGGUCCAAUAACUAUCCCAAUGGCUUCUACUGCAGUUGGCACCUUCCAAGUCCGACGUACAUCCCAGACACAUUUAACAUCACUGUGAAGCACGACUCCAAGGAAAUCGUGUGCGAGAAGGACGCGUCCCCCAAGAACAGGUGCUACAUCCGGUACCUUCACCUCUUCUCCACCAAGAAAUAUAAGGUCACGCUGACAGUCACGAACGCCCUGGGCAGGAACUCCACCACCAUCUCCUUCGACGAAUUUGCGAUAGUAAAGCCGGACCCUCCGGAGAACGUGGUGGCAAAGCCCAUCCCCCACAACCCUCGCAGACUGCUGGUGACGUGGCAGUACCCUUCCACCUGGCCGGAUCCUGACUCCUUCCCCCUCAAGUUCUUCCUGAGGUACCGGCCGCUCAUCAUUGACUACUGGCAACAUGUCGAGUUGUCUGACGGGACGUCCCACAUCAUCACAGACGCCUACGCCGGCAAAGAGUACAUCAUCCAGGUUGCGGCCAAGGACAACGACAUCGGCACGUGGAGCGACUGGAGCGUGGCCGUGCAUGCCACGCCCUGGACGGAAGAGCCCAAGCACCUCACCACCGAGGCCCAAGGGGCAGAGACCACCACCAGCAGCACCUCAGCCUUUGUGGUCCCGGCCACCACCCAGGCCUACGAGUCGGACAGGCGAGCCAAUGGUGGGUCUGUGGCCGUCUCCUGGAUGAUUGGGCCAGUGCUGGUGGCCUUCGGCAUUCACUUUAUUUAACUCUGCCUUGAAGCCCUGCGGAGAAGGUCGCGUGGAACAUCGUGGGCCUUUGCUUGUGUUGUGCACAUGGUCUGAAGGACAUGUCCCCUUCCUCUCCAUUUGGCUUCUCACCCUUGAAGGACCAGGCCUGUGAGAGACAGAGACCCUCGGCCUCGCCCCCUCCCCAAACACGCACCUUCCUGCAUCUGAAAGGCGGAACUUUCUAAAGGACUGACGAGAGGCCGUUCUGCAGGCAGGAAGAUUUGGACUGGGGGAGUGGAUCUGUGAGGGGGGAGGGAGGGGGCAGCGAGGAGCACCAGCCAUGCAGGCCUUGGGUUCGGAUCAUACAGCUAAACCUCCACGCCAAAGAUGCGCCCUUGAACCGGCUUCACAACCACAGCGCUUGGCAGCCGACUCCUGGCUAUGGCAGUGCGUGGAAAGGGGGCGGCUGGGGGGGGGGGAGGUCAUGAGCCUGCACCAGCGGAGAGGGGCUGCCUCCCUUGGCCCCCCCUGGAAGAUUUGCUGAGCCCUCAGCCAGGCAAAACAAGGAAAAAGGGGCAGGCGGCAUCACACUCUCAACCCCCCCCCCCUUCACCAUGACGGGCAAGCCCAAGACUUGUGCAUCAAGAGCUGGGGGAGGCGGGGUUUUUAAAAAGAGCAUCACCUGCAACACCUCUGAUCCGGAGCACGUGGCCUCCCCAGGAUGAAACUGGAUGACACCCCCCAACGUUUGUAACUGCGUCCAUUCCGUUUAUACAAAGGAACCCUCCGUUUAUGUAUUGGUCUUAUUAAGUGGGGGUGGGAGAUAUGACAUACCGGGACCAUCGCUCAAUGAAUGCCCCACCCCCACCACUCCCCCUCCCUCUCCUUUUUCCUGCCCCCCCCCCCAUCCAGUUUUGUAAGACUCCAUCUCUUCUCUCCCCCCCUUCCGAACCCCUUCCCCUUCCCUUGUCUCUCUGGUUCAAAGUGCAGUAUUUAAUACCGUACAUCCUGUUAGUCCAAAUGACAAAUAUGCUGUAUUUGAACUUUUUAUAGAUGUAUAUAAAAAAAAUUUGAAAAAAAUUUCAC